AUGUUUGCUUUCCGCGAUAUGGAAACUGUUCAACGUGUUGUUUCUUUAUUGCCUCCUGUUGGUGUUGGAGUUAAAUAUGGAUUACCUCAAAGUAGAAAAUCGAGUUUAAUGACUCCAUGGCAAUUAUUUAAGCAUUCUAAUAUGCCUCAGAAAUGGCAACAAAGAGAAAUAUCUAAUUUUGAUUAUCUCAUGUUUUUAAACACAAUAGCUGGCCGUACUUAUAAUGAUUUAAAUCAAUAUCCAGUCUUUCCUUGGAUUUUGAGCAAUUAUUCUUCUGAAAAUAUUGAUCUAAAUGAUGCAGCAAAUUUUAGAGAUUUGUCAAAGCCAAUUGGUGCAUUAUCCGAAACACGAAAAAAAUUAUUUAAAGAACGUUUUAAUAAUUGGGAUGAUCCAGAAAUUCCACCAUUUCAUUAUGGAACACACUAUUCAAAUGCAGCAUUUGUUCUAAAUUGGUUAUUUCGUUUAGAACCUUUUACAACAUUUUAUUUACAAUUAAAUGAUGGCAAAAUUUUUGAAAAUGUCAAUUCAAAUCGCCUAUUUCAUUCAAUUGAAGAAACUUGGGAACAUUGUUUAACUGAUACACAUGAUGUAAAAGAAUUGAUUCCAGAAUUAUUUUAUUUGACAGAAAUGUUUUUGUUUAAUGAAAAUAAUUGUGAAGAAGAGAAGAAUUUGGGAAUUAGAGAAGAUGGAAAUAAAAUUGGGAAUGUGAUUUUACCUAAAUGGGCUAAUGGAAAAGCUGAAGAAUUUGUUAAAAUACAUAGAAAGGCUUUGGAAAGUGAUUUGGUUUCUUGUCAAUUAAAUCAAUGGAUUGAUUUAAUUUUUGGUUAUAAACAACGUGGAGCUGAAGCGAUUCGUGCAUUAAAUACUUUUUAUUAUUUAACUUAUGAGGGGGCAUUUAAUUUACGUUCAAUAGAAAAUGCUGCUUUGAGGGAAAGUAUACAACAACAAAUAUUAAAUUUUGGACAAACUCCUGCACAAUUGCUAAAUGAACCACAUCCUCCUAGACAUUCUAUAAUGACUAUGAGCCCUCUAAUAUUCAAAACUUGCCCUAAUGAUCUUUGUAUGAUCAUGAAAUUUAUUUCAAAUAGUCCAGUUGUGCAUAUUACUGCAAAUACUUUUCAACAAGUAGAUAAUCCAACACUAAUAACUAUUGCGCAAAAUUUGGUGUUUGCUUUGAAUCGUUGGAAUCCAAAUUAUAAUCAACCUUCUAAACAACAUUCAUCUACAGUUGUACCUCCUUUUGAUGCGGAAAAAAAUGAAAAUAAUAAAAAUAAUAAUGCUACUUCAUCAUCUUCAACUUCCUCAGUUAAUCAACAGUUAGAUACUUCUAUUUCACCAUCAGAACUUCCAAUAACAGUAGAUCCUCUACUUGCAGUUGGAAAUCCUUCACAAAAAUUGCCUAAAAGACAUUUGGGCGAUUCUUUUGAUCAAAGAUUGCAAAUAACCUCAGCCAAUUUUGUUUGUUCAGUAGACAGUAAAUAUAUAAUUGCUUGUGGUUAUACAGAUUAUAGUUUUAGAAUUAUAGAAACUGAAAAUGCACAAGUUAGACAAGUAAUUUAUGGACAUGGAGAUGUUGUAACAUGUUUAGCACGUUCAGAAACUACACUUUUUGCUGAUAGUUAUAUAGCUUCGGGAAGUGCUGAUUGUACAGUUGUUUUGUGGCAUUUUAGUCAAAAUACUGGGACUAUAGCUGGAGAAUUUAAUUCUGUUGGGGAAUUGCCUGUACCGAGAGCUAUAUUGACUGGGCAUGAAGCUGUUAUUACAGCAAUAACUGUGUCUGCUGAACAUGGACUUGUUAUUUCUGGAGCAAAAGACGGAACAUUAUUAAUACACACAACAAUGGGUGAUUUUCUUCGAAAUAUUGAAUUUAAUAACGGAAAUUUAUCAACAAUUAAUCAAAUUUUGUUAAAUAGAGAUUGCCAACUUGCGAUAUUCCAUGGUUUACAACAAAAAUUAAUUUCAACAUUCAGCGUUAACGGAAAAUUUCUUGGCCAAAUAGAAAUUCAACAUGAAGGAAAAAUUUUAUCUUCAGUAUUAUCCAGAGAUGGAGAAUAUUUUAUUAUUGGAACAGAAAAUGGAAAAAUUUUAAUUUUGCGCCUAUUUCCUUUAGAAUUAAUUUAUUCUUAUGCACAAACUGAUAGUUCAAUUAAAUCUGUUGCUAUUUCAACAAAUCAAAAAUUUGUUUUUGGUGGAUUAGAUAGUGGGGCUAUUGUAAGUUUUGAAAAAUUUUUAUAA